UACACGUGCCCAUUCCACCGGCUUCACUGCAUGGGCGUUUGUUAGGUCAGGGGGUCAAAAUAUGAGAGCCCUCCUGCCUACAGUGUCAAGGCACCCCCAAGGCCAUUGUCUCCCGUUCCCACUCCGGGGAAAAGUGAAGAGUUUUGUUCACGAUGCUUUUGGAAAACUCCACAACAAUCAUUAGAAAGCAGGAGGCUCAGGAUAUAAGGUCCUGUCACUUUUAGAGAUGCCUUCAAGUGAAACCAUUCCCAUGGACCAGGCAGACGUUUACAUCCACGUCACCUUUAUUAAGAAAUGGGACAUCUGCGCCGGUGCAGCACUACUGAGCGCUCUGGGAGGCCACAUGACCACGCUAAAGGGAGAGGACAUCGACUACAGCGGCACAGCGCUCAACAAAGGAGGCCUGGUGGCCAGUGUGGGUGUGGACCAUAAGGCCUUAGUGAAGAAACUUCCAGAGUGGGACCCUGAGAAGCACUGAGACACACACACACACACACACACACACACACACACACACACACACACACACACACACACACACACACACACACACCGUGUGAUGGGAAUUACGGCUCUUUGAAGGGAGCUGGAUCUUAUGGCUUCGUUCCUUUCCGAGAGCCUUUCGAAAGAGCGGUUC